AUGGAAUCUGGGAAGCAAGGUAGGUUUGAUGAUCGUGAGGUAGCUGUGAAACGAGUAAUCGCAGAUAUUCGACUUGCUGAUCGAGAAGUAGAUCUGUUGCGCGAAAGUGAUGCUCAUCCAAAUGUCAUCAGAUAUUUUUGCAUGGAAUCAGAUAGCAAUUUCCGGUAUAUUGCACUGGAGCUGUGUGAUUAUUCAUUAUCUGAUUAUGUGGAAAAUGAGAAAGUCCGGGAAUACUGUCCCCUUUCUGAAAUGGAUAUUCUGCUUCAAGCAACUAAAGGACUAGCGUAUCUUCACGGCAUAAACAUUGGUGAGCUGAUUAUUUUGGUUACGCCACCAUUUCUUUAUAUAACAAAUUGCUCACCGUCUAACGAUAAGCAUGCAGGGCGUGCAGUGAGCGGGAGAGAAAGCAAGUUUCACUGGGUAGGAUGA